AUGGCAACCACGCCUGGAUUUCUCACUGACUGGCCUUGGAAGCCUCUUGGUUCCUUUAAGUAUGUGGUACUUGCACCAUGGGCGAUCCAGAAGACGUACGAGUUCAUAACGGGGAACGGAGGAGGGGAGAGGGACCUGUCCACCUUCCUCAUCCUCCCGUUGCUGGUGUGGCGGAUGAUCCACAACCAGCUGUGGAUCAGCUUCUCCCGCUACCGCACCGCCAAGGGCACCACCCGCAUCGUCGACAGAGGGAUCGAGUUUGACCAGGUUGACCGCGAGGCCGGAUGGGAUGAUCAGAUCGUGUUCAACGGGCUGCUGUUCUACAUCGGAGCGAUGACGCUGUCGGCCGCAACCCACCUGCCGGUGUGGAGGCUGGACGGCGUGGUGAUCACGGUCCUGCUGCACGCCGGGCCGGUGGAGUUUUUGUACUACUGGCUGCACAGGGCGCUGCACCACCAUUUCCUCUACUCCCGCUACCACUCCCACCACCACUCCUCCAUCGCCACCGAGCCCAUCACAUCCGUGAUCCACCCAUUCGCAGAGCACAUAGCCUACUACACACUGUUCGGCAUCCCACUGCUGACGACAGUCAUGACGCGAACCGCGUCCGUCGUGUCCUUCUUCUGGUAUGUCACCUACGUCGACCUGAUGAACAACAUGGGCCACUGCAACUUCGAGCUCGUCGUCCUCGGAUCCCUCUUCUCCGUCUUCCCGCCGCUGAAAUUCCUCCUCUACACCCCGACCUACCACUCCCUCCACCACACCCGGUUCCGCACCAACUACUCCCUCUUCAUGCCGCUCUACGACCACCUCUACGGCACCGCCGACGAGUCCACCGACGAGCUCUACGAGAGGUCGCUGAAAAGAGGGGAGGAGUCCCCCGACGUCGUCCACCUCACCCACCUCAUAACUCCGGACUCAGUCUGCCGCCUCCGCCUCGGGUUCGCCUCUCUGGCCGCCACUCCCUCCUCCGGCGCCGGACUCCGCCUGCUGGGCCGGUUACUCUGGCCCGUCACGGUCUGGGCCAUGGGCUUGAUCACUUGGAUCUAUGGGCGGGCUGCUUUUGUGCUUGAGAGGCACCGGUUUGAUGGGCUCCGGCUCCAGACUUGGGCCCUUCCCAAGUACAAGAUCCAGUACGCGAUGCAGCGCCAGAAAGAGGGGAUUAAUUCACUAAUAGAGGACGCAAUUGUGAAAGCCGAGGGAAAAAGUGUCAAGGUGUUAACUUUAGGGCUGUUGAAUCAGGGGGAGGAAUUGAAUGGGUAUGGGGAGAUGUACGUGAGGAAGAAUCCGGGGCUGAGAACCAAGCUGGUGGACGGCAGCAGCCUGGCUGUGGCUGUGGUCCUAAACUCCAUUCCAAAAGGCACAACACAGGUCGCUAUUAGGGGCACCCAUGCCCUCUUUAAGGUUGCUUCUUGUCUUGCACGGUCUUUGUCCCACCGUGGCCUCAAGGUUGUUAUUCCCACAGAGAAAGAAUACGACAGGAUGCGACAGUCUUUCGACGCUGUUUCUCACACUAAUCUGCUACUCUCCAAAGUUCAUUCUAUCAAGGUUUGGCUAGUGGGGGAGGGAUUAAGUGAAGAGGAGCAGAAGCAGGCAGGGAAAGGAACGUUGUUCAUUCCCUUCUCCCAAUUCCCACCGAAGAAGUUGCGAGAUGACUGCUUUUACCACACCACGCCGGCCCUGAUAGCGCCCAAGUCCCUGGAGAACGUGGAUUCUUGCGAGAAUUGGUUGGGAAGAAGAGUGAUGAGUGCAUGGCGGGUAGCAGGGGUGGUUCAUGCGUUAGAGAAGUGGGAGGAGCACGAGUGCGGCGACCAGAUGUUGGACGUGGACAAAGUUUGGGAAGCAACUCUUCGCCUUGGCUUUCGUCCUCUCAAUUAA